UGGCCUGUCAAAGUUGCAGCACGUAACUAGGGCGGGGAGGUUGCAGUUCCGUGGUAUCUCGAUUUUCGUCCGGAAAAACCGUGAAAAUAUCCUUCGGUCGUUGUUUUCGUGUGACAAAAAUCUCGCGGGACUCUGUGGACAAUGGAUAUUUCUUAGUGAUUGUGGUGUUUGGUAGUGAUUCCUGAAAAUACAGCACGUCGAAAUGCGCCACUACUGUACCAGAGAUUCUCCAACAAUGUGGAUAAAGUGAGAACGCGUGACCAGCAGUAAACCACUAUGCGCUCUCCUCCGACCAAAACGGACAAGAGCCCGAAAAAGGUGGUCACAAAAUAUUCUGCACCACGAAAAAAGAAAAUGGCUGAUUUAAAACCUCCGGUGCGUGACACCGUAUCGGAGACAAUAUCUUUUGUCAUCAAGGGAAAACUGACCCCUAUAAAACCGAUCCUUUUAGAGAAUAAACUGAAUCUACUUGGGAGGGUUAACAAGCGAAAUAACAAGGAAGGAAAAGUCGUGAAAAGGCCGAGAACAGUUACUAAGCAAGCUGCUGCGGUACCUGCUAAUAGAAAACAAAAACAGGAUCUUGCAAAAAAUAAAGUUCAAACAAAAACUGCCAAAAAACCAAGUGCCCAGACUACUAGCGAUAAAAAGAGCAAAAUUUUGGUUGGUGUGAUCCCAGAAUCACCAAGGAAACCUUCUAAAAGGACUGCUAAACCUGAUAAACCUGUCAAAAUUGUAAGAAAAGCUCCAAUUAGCAAACCGAGGAAAAUCAAAAAUGAAUCUGACACCGAGCUUCCUAAAACGGUGAAAAAACCGACAAUAAAGAAGAUGAAGAAUAUUGCCAAAAUUGAGAGGUUGGACGUUGAAAAUGUUCAAAAAGAUACAAAAAUCGAAUCAACUGAAGAAAACAAAGACAAACAUUUUCUUCAGGAGGUUAAACUUAAACCAGUGGUGAAGAGAAAAAAGCCGAUAAACGUUAAACCUAUAAAAAAGAAAAGCGUUGAAUCAAAAAUAGCUAUCAAACCAAAGAAGGUAGUGCAAAAACAAAAGCAGGACCUAAAAACUGAAAAGUCAUCCGUAAAAGUUGCACCUCCACUAGUUGUGGUAAAAACUGAAGCACCUAGUCCACCACCUGAAGGUACAGUUGAUCCUAUUGUACCCCAGGAACCGGCCAAGAUCAAAACAGAAAUAGAAGAUAAAGAAGAACCUGUUGUAAAGAAGCGCGCUUACAAGAAGCUCAAGAUUCAACCAAAGAUCCAAAUCGUAAAAAAACGAGUGAAAAGCAAAGAUCCAGAUACUGAUGGUCAAAGAUGUAAAACGAAACUCUUCGGAUUUUGGAAUGGACCGAAACGUCACAGAGUCGCGUCUUUAAACGCACUAGCUAAGGUUCAAUGUUUAUACGAUAAUGAAGGUAAAGGAAACCUCCUUGACCUCAUGGAGGAACAAAGUCGCUUGGAAUACAUCGCGAAAGUCGAGUCUUUGAAACUGGCCCAAAAAAUGGCAGUGACAAAGAAAGAGCCUUCCAAGAGUAGCAGGGAGAGUACUCCUGAGCCUCCGACGAGGACAUUGAGGUCAGUUCCUGGGUUAAGGGCAGUCGGUAAGCAUUGGGAGCACUCAGAUUCCAGUUCUAGUUCAGACGAGAGUGAUGUGCCUAUCAUGCAGAUCAAACAGGAGAAGGUGGAUGCCAAAGAAGGUGGUCAAGAAGAGGAGAAGCAAAGUGGUGCUGGUCAGAAGAAGAAACGUGGCAAGAAUGAGCUGGUGAUGGACCUCAAGGAUAUGGUGGUGCGAAAGAGGAUGGCAAGCCUGAACGCGACCGCGAUCUUAGCGGCCAGUUACUCCACUGAAAAGCGUCAGACAUCAAAGACCAAGAACGAUGAUUCCUCCUCAGACGAAAGUGGCUCGUCCGAGGAGUAUUUCGCGGCUAAUAAAUCACAGGUUAAAGAGGAGGUGCCUGAGGACGAUGAAAAGAAGGAAGAAGACAGGAAAAUGAUUGAGGUCCGCGCAAGUCCAAACAAAAAGGUAGCCGUGAUCCUGAACCACCAGGACACCGCCGACGUUACCAUAACCGGCGUGUACGUGAACAGUACCACCAGAUCAACGCGGCACGAGGGGUACUGCAGCAUCGCCGGGAUGCAGUACCGGAUAUCCGCCACCAGCCAUACGCAGACGGCAGCGGCGGCCGCAGUGGCGACGGCGGAAACGUUGCUCAGGAGUGGGGAGGCGCAACAGCAGCAGGAGAAUGUCCCCGUGGACUCUCCUACAGCCAGUUGUUCCGGUACGUCCUCCAAGUCGUACACCCCGCUGGACGCGUUGUCCAGUAUGCAACCACCUUCUGCACCGCCUGGCAUUCACCAUCAUCACCAUCACCAACACGUGAUGACCACCGGACCACCACCGCCACCGCAACACGUGCUUCAUGCCACGCAUCAGCUGUCACCUGGACUGCGUCAUGGUUGCUCUAGUGCAUUUUCAUCGCCCCAUUCAACCCCAGGCUAUCAUCCACCGAUUCAGGGUGAAGCAGGAUACGUUCACGAUAAAACGUGCGCAAUUGAUUGCUAA